GUAAUUAUUUUACGACGACUUUGACAUUUAAGUAACUCAAGUUAGAUUUUGUUAAAUUCCUACGGAAAUGAAGUAGAAAAAAUUGAUAUUUUAAAGAAUUUUAUAAAGAAAAUAAUACUAUAACUGUGUAACAAAGUAAAAAAUUAUUGGUAGCAUACUAGCAAAAUAUCAGAAAGUUCUUAAAUAAUAAAAAGAAAAAGCGGUGAUGUAAAAGUUAUGAACAUUUGCGUAGUGAUUUAUGAAAAUUAAAGAGCUGUGAAGGGAGGAGCAGCAGUAGAGCAGUCAACACAGUAAUUUUUAUAGUGACAAAGAACACAAAAAUAUAAAAAAUAAAGAAAAAUUAAAACUAGAUAUCAAGAAACUUUAAAACAAGGCGUAGCAGCGCCAAAUACUGCAAAAAUACUUUAUAAAUCAAAUAAUAACUACGAGAAAAAAUUAAAAUGUAAUUAUAGAAAUUGUAUAUAUAUAAAUAAAUAAAUAAACAGACAAUCCUAGCAGUGGAACAGAACAGACUGAAUUUGCUAGUGAUUGUCAAGGACACCAUAAUAAUAAAAAAUACAAAUAAUAAAGAGACAAUAGCACGAAUGUGUAAAAAAGUGUAAUCAAUUGAAUGUAUGUAUGUUUGUGUCUCUUAAAACAGCAGUUGCCAUGGAGGAGAAACGUAUUGCCGAUUAUUUUGUUGUGGCCGGUAUGCCAGAGAAGCCAAAACUGCUGCAAGAGAGUAAUUUUAAAGAUUCCAGCCAUUUAAGGGCUGCCACCUCCAUUGAUCCCAUAACAGACAUUGGUGUCUUUUUCCCUUUAUUGGGCGAAGAGAUACCCGAUGAUUAUACCGUGUUGGAAAGUACACCUACUGGACUACCUGCUAACUUAAAUUAUGGUUCUCUAAGAUCAACAGAAUGUUUCAUUUACUACAGACGUGGCAAGGAUCGUCCGCCAUUGGUAGAUAUUGGGGUACUUUAUGAGGGUCAUGAACGCAUUAUGUCUGAUGCUGAAAUUGUGGCUGAAACACCAGGUGGUCGUGUGGCCAACGUUAACAAUUCAUCGGCCAAAACAUUUUUAACUUAUCGUCGUGCUCAAGCUGAAAUGCCCUGCAAUGAAUUAGUUGUCACCGAUUUGUGUGUAAUUAUUAGCAGCAAAGGAGAGAAACCACCACAUGCCUUUUGUCUAAUCUAUAAGUCUUUGAACAAAGCCUUUACCGGUAGCGAUGUUUAUUUAUGCUACAAAAAAUCUAUGUACCGUCCAAAACACAUUAGUUAUCAGCCGGAAAUUUUAUUACGUUAUCCUACAGUUGAUCAUAAUGAUUUUCCAUUAAAUCUAUGUCCAAGUGUGCCCUUAUUUUGCUUACCCAUGGGAGCUUCACUGGAAGCCUGGCCAUAUGUGGCCGAAAAUAAAAAGCGUAAACCCACAGCGCCGGUAUUUAGUACAUUUGUUUUGACCGUAAAUGAUGGCACGUACAAGGUGUAUGGUUCGGCUUUGACUUUUUAUGAGGAUUUUGAUGCAUCUCAGUUAACGGAACAACAGUGUGAGCUACUUGGUUGGAAUGAGGAAUUUGCACAAAAUCAUUCAUUGCAUAUCAUUAAAGCUAUUUGUUUAUUAUCACAUUACCCCUUUGGCGAUACUUUCGAUAAAUGGUUGAAAUAUUUACACCGCUUGGCUGUAUUUGGUGUUAAUUUACCCAUACCUAUAGAACGGUAUAUAACACAAUUAUUAGAUGAGGUACCAUUUCCAGCACCCAGUAUACAUUUACAGUUAUCAAGUGAAUCAAAUGAUCGUAUACUACUAACGCAACCUGAGGAUUCUCCAUUACCGCGUAGCGGUGCUGGAUUUCAUAUGCUCCUGCAAAAUUUAGGCACAGAAAACUGUUUACAUGUCUUACUUUUGGCCUUAACUGAACAAAAAAUACUCAUACAUUCUUUAAGGCCUGCUACAUUGACUGCCGUAGCCGAAGCAAUAGUUUCAUUAUUAUUUCCCUUUAAAUGGCAAUGUCCCUACAUUCCUUUGUGUCCACUAGGCCUGGCAGAAGUUCUACACGCACCAGUACCCUAUUUAAUAGGAGUAGAUUCGAGAUUUUUCGAUUUAUAUGAACCGCCCACAGAUGUUACUUGCAUUGAUUUGGAUACCAAUACCAUAAGUCUUUGUGAAUCCCAAAAACAUUUACUGGUUAAGUUGUUGCCCAAAAGAGCGGCUCGCAUUUUGAAACAGACUCUUUCGGAAUUGGAACAAACUAAACCGCUUAAUAUAGACUGCAACAAUAGUUUAGAUCGUGAUUUACGCAAACGUAGACGUGAGCUACAUUUAGAACAACGUAUACAAGAGGCCUUUUUAUUAUUUAUGGCUUCAAUUUUACGCGGUUAUCGUGAUUAUUUGGUACCCAUUUCAAAGGCACCUUCCGUGGGUGCCACUGAUCCCAGUGCCUUAUUUCAACUUAAAGCUUUUCUACGUUCUCGAGAUAAGGCUUAUCAAAAAUUCUUUGAAUUAUUGAUGAAAACACAAAUGUUUAUACGCUUCAUUGAGGAGAGAUCAUUUGUGUCAGAUGGUGAUCAUGGUUUAACAUUUUUCGAUGAAUGUGCCGAAAAGGUUGGUUCUUACGAUGAAACACCAUCGGAUGUACGUUUGGUUGAUUGGGAGACUGGCCAGAAUAGUGAACGUACAAAAUAUAUAUUUCCACCAGAUAGUAUUGGACCCACCAAAGAUCACAAUGCCCAAGAGACAGUGUAUAAUUAUGAAAAUUUCACCUUAAAUCCCAGUCUUUUGAAAUCAUCGAAAAAGACAGCAUUAUCGAGCUUAAUACAACAACAAAUCAAUGGUUGUCUUGCACCCGGUUCACCUAUUGCACGUCGUACUAAACAUGAAAUAAAAUUGUCACAAAAAAUGGCCAGACGUUGUCAAAGCCGUCCGGAGCUGUGGUCCAAAUACUUACUAGCCACUUGCUAUUCAUUAUAUUUUCUGAUUCUACCCUCCAUGGUCUUGGAUACAAGACGGGCUGGCAAAGAGCAUGAUAUACUUAGAGCGGCCUAUGAUAUGUUAGUUAAAGCCAGUAAAAUAAAACUUAAUUGUGAUGAGUUUUGUUAUCGCAUUAUGAUGCAAUUAUGUGGCACUUACAAUAUGCCGGUAUUGGCUGUACGCUUGCAUUAUCUUAUGAAGAGGUCUGGCGUACAACCGAAUGCCUUAACCUAUGGUUUCUACAAUCGUUGUGUUUUAGAAUCGGAAUGGCCUAGUGAUAGCACCACCUUAAGCCAAUUGCGUUGGAAUCGUAUAAAGAAUGUGGUAUUGGGUGCUGCUCACUUUAAAAGAGCUGGUAAAUUGAGAGCCUCCAAGAAGCCUCUCUCUGCUUCAUAUGACAAUAACCUAAGUACUCUGGAGACAGUAGAUGGUACUUCACGUACCAGUCUGGAAUCCUCUAAUUCGUCACAACUAUUAGCCGGUGCUGCUGGUGCAGCUGGUGAUGGUUAUGGUGUGAACAUUUUAGACUUUUCAGCAUUCGAUAAAUUACGCUCCAAAUUAGGCAGUAUUGUAAGACAAUCGAUUGGCACACAGGAUGCUACCGAUGAUGUUAUAUCCAGUGCUGGCUUGUUAAUUACUGGUGAUUCAAAAUUAUCCUCAGACUCCACAGUAGGUCAUGUACCGCCCGCCAGUCCACAACCCACAGCAAAUGAUUUAACUAAAAGACAACUUUCAAAUCGUGAAAGUUUCGGUGGUGAUGCUGAACUUUUAAAUAAACUUCAAAGACAACAUACUCUAACGGAAAUGAAUAAUAAAAAGAUUAUGAAUCUGGGUGAUUACGAUAAGGAGGCAAAAACUAAUUUCAAUGAUUUGGCAAGUUCUCAAGAAGAAUUAGAUGAUGAUAAUAUACAUGAUACCGAAGAUGAGGAAGAUGAUGAUGAACAUCCGCUAUCGCAUCAAAUACAAAGUCCCACUAAAAUAUCACCCCGAACACCGGUUACACAAAACGAUCCCUUGGGCGCCCUUAAUGAAGAAGAAACUCCCCAACCAGUUCAAACUACAGAAGACCAGUCUGCCAUAGGCGGUGGCGUGUCGUCUAGUUUUAACAAUAAUACUUUAUAUAGUGAUAAACCCAUAUUGUUUAAGGGACAACGCAGUGCCACAUUCGAUGAAUCCACUCAAUUGAAUAAAAAUAUGCAGCGUUCUGAAACUAUGCCGGGUUCAAGUGUGGCCUCAAGUUUGGCAAAUUUGGGUUCUUCGUUUAAAUUAAAUUUUGGACGUUAUUCACCUGCACGCUUGUCCUUUAAGAAAGACUUGAAAUUGCCCACCAAUAUUAUAGAAAAUAUAAGCUACAUAAGUCCUAAUUUUAGUGGUAAAAAAUCCAACGAAAUUAUACAAGGAAGCUUAAGUAGCAUUAAACAUGCCGCUACAUCUAUAACUCGUAAAUUUGAUGAAAUUAAAGGUGCCAUUUCGGCCAAUACAACACCUGUCAAAUCUUCAUUAUCCAUACAAGGCUACAAUGAUAAUGGUGUCACUGAAGAGGAUAUGAUUGCCAAUGAAGAUGGCACUUUAAAAAUAAGACGUGUUUCAAGUGAUUUAGAACAUCCUUGGGGUCGUUUAAGUGAAUCGCGCAAAUCAAGUUAUAAUAAUCUAGUGCCACUAGGGGAAAAUACUUCCACUAUGAAUUUGAAUACUGCGCUGUUAGCUUUACCAGAAAAUCUAUAUGCUACACCGCAAGAUAAUAUGGAUGACAGCAAUGAUUUCGAUGUCUUAAUACAAAUGACUUCAUGCUCUCAAUGCCACAAUUGUUCUGUUUUACUUUACGAUGAGGAAAUAAUGUCCGGCUGGUCAGCCGAAGAUUCCAAUUUAAAUACAACAUGUCAUGCUUGCAACAAGUUAACUGUACCCUUUCUUAGUGUACGCUUUAAUGUUAACGACACAAAAAAAGAUAAUAAACCACAAAUGGAGAAUCUAACUAUACCCUAUUUAAAUCCACUUGUUUUGCGCAAAGAACUCGAAAAUAUUUUAACACAAGAGGGUGAUUUAUCACUCAUUAAACCCAAUUUUGUAGAAGAACAUCCUAUUAUAUAUUGGAAUCUAUUGUGGAUUAUGGAACGCAUAGAAAGUAAAACACAUUUGCCAGAUCUCUGUUCGCCCACAAUUGAUGACACCAACUGUGAUCCUUUGAGUAAGGUGAAACAUGUAAAAAUUCAAUGUUUAUGGGAUAAUUUACAAUUGCACAGUGAGGCUGGUUUACCCAUGUAUAUUUUAUAUAGACAAACUCAGCCCACCAGUCCUUUACUUAAAGCAUUAUUAACCGAUCAAGCUCAAUUGAACAAAAACGUUAUACAACAAAUCGUUUCCGCCAUACGCUGCAAUGAUCUUCUAAUGCCGGUUAAAAAACUGGCCAAUGAACGUCACAAACUCAAGAACAGUGGUGUCGAUCGUUCUCAUUCUAUCUAUCGUGAUAUACUAUUUUUGGCCAUAACUGCUAUCGGUCGUUCGAAUGUCGAUUUAGCCACAUUCCAUCGCGAAUAUGCGGCAGUAUUUGACAAACUUACCGAAAAGGAAUGUAAUAUGUAUUAUCGCAAUCAAGAUCUGCCGCCCUCAGCAGCCACUAUAUUUUGUCGGGCUUAUUUUAAACCACUGCUGCUGCUUCCUUGACGAGAACAAAAUCUUAUGCAACAACAGUUCCACAGAGAUCAAAUGAAAAACAAUAAUACGUAAUCAACAACCCCCUCCCCUUAAAGAACGGAAACGGAUGAAAAGAAAGGUAAAUAAAUUUUAUAAUACAACUUUGGUAAUGACAACAAAAAAAGGCAAUCAUCAAUGAUACUUAAAAA